AUGGCCCAGGAGCGGCCGCGGGCGCUGGGCGAGCUGCUGCGGCGGCCGGGGAACGCGCGCUGCGCCGACUGCGGCGCCCCCGAUCCCGACUGGGCCUCCUACACCCUGGGCGUGUUCAUCUGCCUGAGCUGCUCCGCCAUCCACCGCAACAUCCCGCAGGUCAGCAAGGUCAAGUCCGUUCGCCUGGACGCCUGGGAGGAGGCCCAAGUGGAGUUCAUGGCCGCCCAUGGGAACGCCGCCGCCGAGGCCGCCUACGAGCCACAUGUGCCGCCAUUCUACUACCGGCCUGCGCCCGGCGACUGCCACCUCCUGCGGGAGCAGUGGAUCCGGGCCAAGUACGAGCGGCAGGAGUUCACCGACCCCGAGAAGCAGGAGCCGUACUCCGCAGGCUACCGGGAGGGCUUUCUCUGGAAGCGCGGCCGUGACAACGGGCAGUUCCUCAGCCGGAAGUUCGUGCUGACGGAGCGUGAGGGCGCCCUCAAGUACUUCAACAGGAACGAUGCCAAGGAGCCCAAGGCCGUCAUGAAGAUCGAGCACCUCAACGCCACCUUCCAGCCGGCCAAGAUCGGACACCCGCACGGCCUGCAGGUCACCUACCUGAAGGACAACAGCACCCGCAACAUCUUCGUCUACCACGAGGACGGCAAGGAGAUGGCCGACUGGUUCAACGCGCUGCGGGCCGCCCGCUUCCACUACCUGCAGGUGGCCUUCCCGGGCGCCAGCGACGCCGAGCUGGUGCCGAAGCUGACGAGGAACUACCUGAAGGAGGGCUACAUGGAGAAGACCGGGCCCAAGCAGACGGAGGGCUUCCGCCGGCGCUGGUUCACCAUGGACGACCGGAGGCUCAUGUACUUCAAGGACCCGCUGGACGCCUUCGCCCGGGGGGAGGUCUUCAUCGGCAGCAGCGAGUGCGGUUACACGGUGCUGGACGGGCUCCCGCCGUCCACCCAGGGCCACCACUGGCCCCACGGCAUCACCAUCGUCACGCCCGAGCGCCGGUUCCUGCUGGCCUGCGAGACGGAGCCGGAGCAGCGGGCGUGGGUGGAGGCCUUCCGGAAGGUGGUGGACAGGCCCAUGCUGCCGCAGGAGUACGCCGUGGAAGCUCACUUCAAACACAAGCCCUAG